AUGGCUCAGAGAUAUCUCCACAUCCCCGAUAUCAUGGCAGCCUGGCCAUGGCCACGACGGAUCCACCCUAUGUACGAAGAAGUCUCCGCCGAAUCGAGCGCAUGGCUCAAAUCGUUCGCCCCGUUCACGCCCGAGUCGCAGCAUGCAUUGGACAAGUGCAACAUAGGGCUACUUGCUGCCCUUGUAUACCCCGAUGCAUCACGAGCAGAAACCUUGCGUACCAGCACGGACCUCAUGAACCUACUCUUCGUCAUCGACGAACAUACGGACGUCAAGCAGGCGCCAGCCGUGAAGGAAAUGGUCGAAAUUCUCCUCGACGCGAUGCACAACACGCAAAAGCCUCGUCCGGUGGGUGAGCCUGUCUGGGGAGAGAUCAUGAGAGAAUGGUCAUCGCGCUGCCUCCUACCUGCCACCCCGGAAGCGGUCUCCCAUUUCCACAAAUCAUUCGCCAAUUAUCUCGAAGCGGUCGCCGUGCAGGCUGAAGAACGUUGCAGCGGUACUGUCCGCUCUAUCGACAGCUUCAUUACAAUCCGCCGCGAGAACAACGCCGGUCGUCCAUCCCUCUUUCCGUGCGAGCUUCAUUUGAGCAUCCCGGAAGAGGUCUUCUACCACCCAUACGUCGUGGAGAUGCAGACAUGCGUUAUCGACAUGAUCACCACGAUCAAUGACAUCCUGUCGUACAACAGAGAACAAGCCACUCAGACUGACGACUACAACCUACUCACGGUCGUCAUGCGGGAGCUUGGCGUAGACCUCGACGGCGCCGUGGCGUGGGUCGUCGAUCUUCAUCACAGCAUCGCAGCUCGUUUCAUCGAGGGACUUAAGCACGUCCCCUCCUUUGGGCCUGAGGUCGACACGCAGCUCCAGGAGUACCUGCAGAACAUAGCCAACUGGCCGCGCGGUUCGGACAGCUGGAGCUUCGAAUCGGGGAGGUACUUUGGGGAGUGGGGUUUAGAGUACCAGAGGACGCGUCGAGUGCCUCUUUUACAGAAGAGUAAGCGGGACUUACAGUCGAAUGGCAGGGAGGUCCAGAUCUACCUUAUAGAAGCCCCGGCCCAACCGACCCCAGCGUAG